UGACCACGAUGGUCCAUCGCCACGUUAUCAUUCCAAGCGACCCCAACAUGAUGAAUGGCACUGAAUCACUGGCCACAAAAAUCCAAGAGUUUGAGGUCGAUCGUGGGAAGCAUAUAGAAAUAUGCACAUCCCCAAAAAAUAAACGGGAGGGAGCUGGGGCACCUUCUCAAACGGGUCAACGUACCAGCUGUUCCCACCCCCAAAAUUAGCGGCCACAGCACAGAAACUCCACCACGUCCGUACAUGCCCUUUCAUUUCGUUUUGCCAUUCCGAUCUCAUACAAAAGACAUAAUUAACUUUAUUUUUUAUGGUGUAUGAUUAUAGGAAUAGAAAAAAAAAAUUGAAUUAAAUUAUGGUAACAACCUGAUUGUGAAGAAGAUCAUCAUGAUUAUUCACGUCUUAUUCCAUUCUCUUCUGCAACCCAAAAGCCAUCAUUUCUUUUGACACAAAACUGAAAGUCCAUACCUGAAAAGCCUAAUAUAUAUUCUACCAGUCAUCGCGCGAGAAAAAUCACCAUUCUACAGAGAUGUCUGGAAGUUUUUCAAAAGAUGGCAACAAGAACGAUGACGAUCCAGAGACCCUUGAAGCGAAAUCGGAUGGCCAACAACAACAUGCAGAAAACGAACAAGCGGAAACUCAUGUGGAAGUUCCACCGCCAUCGGACCCCGAGCCCAGCCUUGAGCAGAUUCUGAACGAGGUUGAUCGGUUCCUGGAGGCCAUAACCAUUAAUGCUAGAGAAGAUAAAUUAAAACCUCCGGAACAAGCUCCCGAUUGCGUGGAGUUGUUGUCAAACACGGUGGAGAACAUGGUUGAUGCGUACAAUGUAGGCAAAACGAAUUUUGGCGGAGACCAAGACGACUCGUUUCUGAAAGCCGUGAGUCGAAUUUCGAAGCUGUCGAAAAGGUUCAAUGAGUUACCAUCAAGCUCGACAUUAUCGUCUUCAUUGAACCGAACAAGCGCCGCACUACAUCGAGUAAUGUCGUUUUUGGAGGACAAGUUCCGCAUCCUUCUGCAUGAAGAGUCCCAAGCCAUUAACAAUCAGGAGAACGACCGUUGUCUCCUGCACGAGCCUGAACCCGACAAAGACGAGGAAGAAGUCGCAGAAUUUUCUCCAGAAACCAUUUCCGACAUCAACAAAAUUGCCUCGGCCAUGAUCCUCGCGGGAUACGAGAAUGAGUGUUCUAUGGUUUAUGGCAUCUCAAGGCGAACCGCUUUCAAAGCAGCAUUGAACAAGCUAGGGUACGAGUAUAUAAGCAUCGACGACGUACAGAGAAUGCAGUGGGAAUCCUUGGAAGGAGAAAUCACCUCGUGGAUCAACACCGUCAAGCAGUGCUCCAAAAAACUAUUCUCCGACGAACGAAAAUUGUGUGACUCCAUUUUCUCCGACGACCCGCCUCUAUCUAGAAUCCUAUUCGGUGAUCUCGCAAACCCCGUCGUUAUACAACUUCUGGAUUUUGCACAGGCGGUUGUAUUGACGAAGCGAUCUGCCGAGAAGUUAUUCAAAUUCCUCGACAUUAACGAGACUCUGCGCGAUCUGGUUCUGGCCAUGGAUAGCGAUUCGUACCCGGAGGAACUCAUAUCUGAGGCCUCAGAGGCCAAGACACGGCUCGGCGAGGCCGUGGUGAGCAUUUUCUGUGAUCUGGAGAACUCGAUCAAGAGUGAUCAAGGGAGGACCCCGGUCCCUAGUGGCGCAGUGCAUCCAUUGACGCGGUACGUCAUGAACUACCUGAAAUACGCCUGUGAAUACAAGGACACCUUAGAGCAGGUCUUUCGGCAACACCUCAAGACCGAGAAGGAUGAGAAAGAGACCUGUGAUGUUGGCGAAUCCGAUGAUGUUCCGACGUCGGAAACAUCGCCGUUUUCGUUAGAGUUAAUGAAGGUCAUGGACCUGUUGGACGCGAACCUGGACAUGAAGUCGAAUCUUUACCGGGAUCACGCUUUGCGCUACAUUUUCUUGAUGAACAAUGGGAGGUACAUCCUACAAAAGAUGAAGGGUUCCACUGAAAUCCACGAGUUGAUGGGCGAUUCGUGGCGCAGAAAGCGGUCGUCGUUGUUGAGGCAGUACCACAAGAACUAUCAGAGAGAGACAUGGAGCAAGGUGUUGCAGUGUCUUAGCCAUGAGGGUCUUCAGGUGAGUGGGCAGGGGAAGGUGUCGAAGCCGGUGUUGAAGGAGAGGUUCAAGAACUUCAACACCUUGUUCGAGGAUAUACACAAGAUGCAGAGCAUGUGGGUAGUGAGCGACGAGCAGCUUCAGUCGGAGCUCAGGGUUUCGAUAUCGGCUGUAAUGAUUCCGGCAUACCGAUCUUUUCUGGGGAGGUUCAAGCAAUACUUGGAUCCGGGUAGACAAAGCGAGAAGUAUAUAAAAUACCAGCCAGAAGAUAUUGAGACUUUGAUUGAGGAAUUGUUUGAUGGAAAUCCAACGUCUAUGGCGAGGAGAAGAACAUGAUAAGUCUCGCUUGAGGGAGAAGAUAGAUAUCCUGGUGGUGCAAUUAACGUCAAUUUCUAUAUGUGUUGUAUACUUUUUGUAUCCUAUAUAUAUGCCUUAAUUUUGUGGGUUAUUUGGUUUUUGAUCAUAUAAUGUUACAGAUUAUUUUUGCAUAAAUGCAUGCACAUCUUUUUUCCA